AGAGCAGGAGCAGCCUCUCUCUCAUUGGCUACUGGGGACACGUCAGCAGUCAAUAAGUGAAACUCUGAUAUGUUACAGUCUUCCUCCUCUUCCGUGUGCGUGCGUUUUGACACUUUACAACUACUUUGGUGGCCAAGGGAAACAGCUGGAGUGAUUUUGGGCCACUUUUCGGAACGGCACUCGGCGCUGUCCGGGGAGGCAGCCUUUACAAAGCGCCCUGACACUUUGGUCACGCGCAGUUGUAUUGCCCUUUAGUUUUACGCACGAGCGGCGAUGUAGCGGACGAGCUUGAAGCGAGGGCUGGCGCGGUAGAGGAGACUAGAGCCUGGACUGGACAGUCGUGUGAAGGUCGCUUUACUCGGUGAAGAUGAGGUUCCGGUUGCUCAAGAAGAAUCUUUUCGCGCUUUUGGGAGUUUCUUUAGUGAUCGUCACUCUCCUGAUCUCUACGCGCGUGUUGAUGGUUACUGAAAAUGACACUACGGAGACCAACAGCGUCGCACAGACCUUUGGGUCUGGUGACCCUGUGAAGUUUAACUAUAACUCAGUACCAGAUUUGACCAACUCUGUUUAUAACGCCAACUACAGGCAGUACAUCCUGAACGCAGAGCGCUUCCCCGGAGAGCCGCAGCUGGUUCUGGUGGUGCAAGUCCACAAUAGACCCGAGUACCUCAAACUGCUCAUAGAGUCAUUGCAGAAGGCUGCAGAGGUGCACAGCUUCCUCCUUAUCUUUAGCCAUGACUAUUUUUCAGAGGAAAUAAACUCUAUUGUGCAAGGCAUUACUUUUUGCAAAGUACUGCAAAUCUAUUUCCCCUUCAGCACACAGCUCUAUCCAAAUGAGUUUCCUGGACAGGAUCCACAGGACUGUCCCCGAGACAUUUCCAAGGACAAAGCUGUGGCAACAGGAUGUUUAAACGCACAACACCCAGACUCCUAUGGCCACUACAGGGAGGCCUUCAUCACACAAACCAAACACCACUGGUGGUGGAAGUUGCACUUUGUGUGGGAGCGCGUGCAUGUGAUGCAAGGAUACAGUGGCUUUGUUGUCUUUUUAGAGGAGGACAACUACCUCUUACCGGACUUUUAUCAUUUCUAUAAAUCAGUGAUUGAGUUGAGACAGAGGAGCUGCCCAGACUGUGACAUGCUUGCCCUGGGGAAUCAUAAUGGUUUUAAUGAGUUCACCCAACAGUCCAACAAGGUGAUGACCACUGGCUGGAUGUCCACCAAACACAACAUAGGCAUGGGCAUCUCCCGGGAGAUGUACUACAAACUCAUGGGCUGUAAUGAUGCUUACUGUUCCUAUGACGACUAUAACUGGGACUGGACCCUGCAGCACCUGUCUGGGACCUGUGUGUCCAAACCCAUCAAAGUGCUGGUGGCUCAGGGCUCACGGGUCAUGCACACAGGAGACUGUGGGCUGCACCAAAAGGAUAACUGCAGACCAGAGUGGGCCAUGCAGAGAGUGGAGGAAAGCCUGAAGCUGGCCAAGGAUGGGCUGUACCCUGCCUCCCUCACUCUCACCACUGCAGAAGUGCCAGAGCACAAAGCCCACAUGAAGAAUGGAGGCUGGGGAGAUGUUCGGGACCACAGUCUAUGUAAAAACUACGCCAAACGCCUAUAACUGAUGUGCCAUCUGAACUAGACCUUUUUAAAUAUCUUUGCUUUUAAAUAUCUUUCCAUGAACCAGUCUUCCCAAAUAGGCCAAAUGUACUGUUCAUAAAGAAAAAACAUUUAAUCACCAAAGCUGCACUGUUGCCAAAGACUUGUUUUCUUUUUUGAAUUGUCUUUAAGCUCUUUAUUGCUGCUCACAUCAGGAUUAUGGCAGUUGUAUGAGCCAAACAAAUUAUUUUGCACAAAAAUGAAACCAAAUGCAAUUAUUAGUGCUUAAACAUGUCAUUGUGGUGCCGUAUCCAAUCCACUUUAUUUACUGUAUAGCACAUUUUUAUAAGCAGACAGUUUCCAAUGUGCUGCACACAGAUAAAAACAUAGUGUGGUAUUUUCUAAGUUUGCAUUUAUUGUAAGUUGGCCUCUUUGUGUAUGUGAACCUUUUAUUUAUCAUUGUUUAUGGUACCAAGUGUUGAAGUCAAAUUUACAACAUUUAUGACAUUGCAAGUUUGACUGUGAAAUACCCAUACUAAUGUUUGCAAUGGGGGAUGUUUCUGACCAUCUUUCUGUUCUGUUUCUUCAUCACAACCACUGAUCAUAUCAUGCCAUUUUGUCCUGCCCAAUGUAGCACCCUCUUUAACAUUGAUUUUUUUCUCCUGAUAUUGACUUUUGAGAACUAGCAAACCUUUGGAGUCUGCUCAAAGGUCUGCUUCAAAUCUACUGACUCACAUGUAGUACAUUUGGGGUAUAUAUUUGGUUUGUAGUACUAUAGCAUAUUUUAUGAGCAGUGAUUGACCUAUUUUGACUUUAAGUGCCUUAGUAGAUUUCAAAACAUUUUAAAAUAGUUUACAUAGCCUAAACACACUGAUACCACAGCCAGUAAGUCCACAUGCAGUUUUUUUAAAAACUUGACAUAGGCAGAAGUAAAAUCAGUUAAUAGGCUAUUUUGUAAAUUAUGUACAGUAAGAAAAUGUAAUAUCUUUUGUUAUCAUUACUAAAAAUGGUUAGUAAAUGUGAACGAGAUCUUCCCUCUUUAAUUAAUUUGGGACAUACUGUACUCUGAUGUAUAAUGUUAUAUGAUUGAUUAUUAUUGAUUAUGUGUUGAAAUUGAAAUCAGUGACUUUUUUCAACCCAGGUGUCUGGAAUCAUCACUUGAAAUGACCAUUAUGACUGUUGUUCACAUAUUAUUGUUAAACGGGGAAUAAAAGAGAUUAUAUUUUUA